UAUCUGUGGGACAGUCAGACACAACGUCUGGGUUUUAUAACAGCUGCUCUGGGACCCAGGGCUCGUGAUGUCAUCACAUUGUAACGCACAUCCUCGCUCUCGUCAGACCGCACGAGCAGUGCAGUUCACACUGCGACUCGCGCCAGUUUGAUUCUCAAAACAACCGCUUCUUUCUUCAGUUAGAAGAGUUUGUUUUUCUUUCGAACUAAAAUUCAACUUCGAACUUUUUGUUUUACAAACAAGGAACAGAAACACACCUUGUUAUGGAAAUCAAAACGAUCCUGUUUUUAAUUCUGAAUGCCCACACAUGCACUGCCAUCUUUAACGUUAGUGCCGAAGGCAGUUUAGCUGGAAAUACGACAACUGUUCAGCUGGUUUAUCCAGAAGAUCAUCGUGAGAAACCCAGAAAAGCCCCCGCUGGGCGCAGUUUUGCUGUUCAGCAUCUCUAUGAAACCCAGACGGAUGAGCCGAUUGAAUACAGUAUGGAUAAUGAGACAUUGCCCGACUCUUCUUUAAUGCCAAAUAAACCUCGUAAAGAGAUACGCCAACAAUCAUUCCGAUCUAAUAAAGGAGCACAUCCAUGUAACAUCACUGAUCCGAAAACAGCAAAAUGCAACCGGACAACAAUCCUGAUAUUCAAGAUCUCAGAGGAGGCUGUUGACUUCCUUAAAAGCCCACUGGUCACACGCAUCAUGCCCUUGUUCUACAUCUUCAUCAUCCUCAUUAGUUUGCCUCUGAACGCUUUGGCCUUGGUGACAUUCACAUGUAGGGUUCGAGCGAAGAAGCCAGCUGCGAUAUACAUGUCUCACCUGGCGUGUGUGGACCUGCUCUUCACCCUGCUGCUGCCUCUGAAGAUCCACUACCAGCUGAACGCUUCAGAUUGGGUGUUCGGUGAGGCGGCGUGUCGUGUGCUCAGUGCAGCUUACUACUGCUACAUGUACUGCUCCAUACUGCUGAUGAUGUGCAUGAGUGUGGACAGGCUUCUAGCCGUGGUGUUUCCCAUCACCUCUCUGACCUGGAGGAGCACAAGGAAAGCCACAUGUGUGUGUGUGCUGGUCUGGCUGCUGGCGCUCGCUGGUACAGUGCCGCUUCUCUCCAUAACACAGACAUUUAAGAUAAAGGAUGUGGGUGUCACUUGCCAUGAUGCACUCAUCCAUAAUAACUCUACAGAUCAGCAGUACAUGUACCAGUUCUCCAUCCUCUCCUGUGUCUACUACUUUGUGCCACUUAUUGUCACCUUAGUGAGCUACUCCGCCAUCAUAUAUGUGCUCCAAACCAAGUCUAAUCAAACUGGGAAAUCAUCAUCGCCCUCAGGAAAGCGAAGGAAAGCUGUGAUUAUGGCUAUCGCUGUGCUGACCGAGUUUGUUGUGUGCUUCGCACCAACCAGUGGCAUCCUAUUGUACCACUGUUUUCUCUUAGCUACUGGAUUCAACAGCGGUGAGGGAGAUUCAUCAUAUGCGGCUUACCUGUUGGCUGUGUGUUUGGGGAGCGCAAGUGUUUUUCUGGAUCCUCUUCUGUACUAUUACGCCUCGUCACAAUGCAGAAAGAAGAUCAGCUCUGUGUUUUGUUGUAGAUGGGGGAAAACCACCUUAUCAAAUUCACUCAGUCAGACAAAAUCCUUUUUUGGGAGUUGCGAGUACAGUCAGGCACGCAUUAAGAUAUGAAUUGUUUCGAAAAAGAGCUGAUGAAAUUUAAACAAUUGCAUACUCUUAUAUUGUGCCAUUGACCGAAGAUUGAAUUCAAAAUUAUCUCUUUCUGGCCACAAAUCCUGAUUCGUGCUAAAGCAGGAUGAAUAUUCCUUCCAUGCUGUUACUUUAAAAAAUCCAGCAUGUGACUAUAGGUCAAAUUGACCCAACCUAUUCACUGCCCAAGAGACUCCAUUUCCUGUUUGUGACUGAGCGUUUGUAAGAAACACAGUGUUACUGAAAGCAUUUUACAUCGUCAUGUUCAGGUCACAUUUUUAAAGAAUGUCAUGAGAUUUUGGGCUGAAAACAUUUGAGUUAAGUAACAGUAAAUAUGUUUAUAACAGAACAGAAUAUUGUAUAGAAGACACUUAAAAAAUGCUAUUUUGAAACAUUUACUUGAUGCACUUUCAAUUUUGAUUACAAGACAAUUACAAAAUUAUACAAAUAAGAGCUUUAGACUAUAUUUUGUACAAAAGAAAUAGAUAAUAAAACAGAUUGUGUUGUUAUCUUUAUAUUUUCUGAUAUAUUAAUUAGCACAAUCAGCAUUUUCUAAAAAAUAUAUAUAUAUAAACAGUCAAUCCAUGUGUGUGUAACAAAAAGCGUGAUAUUGACUAUUUUGUAAUUCUGAAGGCAAAAAGUUAAGCUGCAGUUACUGUAUUCAUUAUAUAGACACAUUAUCUGUAUAUAUUAUCAGACUUUUCCCAUCUCUGUAUUCAGGAUAUAACCUCUUUUGCUUUACAGGUUCACUCCACUAUAUUAAAUUGCCAGUUUUAACCAACAGCUUAAAUGUGUAAAUAUCUCUGCAUAUGAAAUAUGAUAUGAUAUGUGCACAUGGAUAAUAUAUGUAAAUAAUUUGUCCACAUUUUCUUAGAUUAUUAUAUUUUAAUAAGAGAACUGAAUUAAUAUAUUUGCAAAAUGGCGGCUAGUUGUCAAAUGGUGGCUAGUUUUAUUAUAUUAAGUUUUAUUAUAUAUAUAUAUAAUAUUAUAUUAAUAUUAAAUUUUGAUUGGAGUAAAAAGUGUCAUUCCCUAUAUCAUAUUGUAACACUGAAGUACCUACUGUAUAUUUUACUUUUCUCGGGUCCCAGUGGCAAAACUGAAAUGCUAAAAUCUUGUCUUACAGCAGAGACAAGUUUGCCUAGUCAUGUUUUUUUCGGUUGCAUUAUAUUUAUCUGAUGUACAGAUAAGCAUAACUAUUCACCAGAUCUGGACAUCAGUUGUAAGCCACUCAUUUCAACCAUAAUCAGUUAUGUUGCAUGUAAGAUUGACUGGAAGAAAUAUAUAUCAAAAAAUGUAGUAACGGUUGUAUGAGACCCUUUUAUAUUUGCUGCAUUUGCUGACCAGACCAAAGCUUUAAAGUUUUUUUUUUUCAUUUCACACAAACAAUUAUUAUCUGAAGCAUGUAUGAAGGACAUGUAUUGUUCUUUACAUGAAGCCUCACAGAGGGACAAAACUUGUAAUAGCCUAUUAUUUAGUUAAAUUAUUAUCUGACGCUUGUGAUAUAUGUUAUAUAUUUCACAGAAAGUUUGUUAAAUGAAAACCUUCGGUUUAGAAUCAGGAAUGUUUUAUGUUGCAAUUUGCUGAAGGUUAUCUUUCUUUUGUGGUUUUUUUUAAACUUCUGAAUCUAUGUUGAUACCUAUACCUAGGCCUAUCGUAAAAUAAUGAUGUUAUCAUUAUUUUGUGUCCUGGCCAAAUUCCCUCCACUGGCCCUUGUCAAUUAUGGCCUCCUAAUUAUCCCCAUCCACUUGAUUGGCUCUAUCUCUCUCUCCUCUCCACCUGUAGCUGGUGUGUGGUGAGCGCACUGGCGCCGUUGUCCUGUGGCUGCCGUCGUAUCAUCCAAGUGGAUGCUGCACACUGGUGAAGGUUGAGGAGAAACCCCCUCAUAAUUGUAAAGCGCUUUGGGUGUACAGCAAUACACAAUAACGCAAUAUAUAAAUGCUUCAUUCAUUCAUCAUAUUUUAAACCACAUCCUGCAUCGACACACUGCGAAUCGGUUCUUUUGAACAAUUCGUUUUAAAGAACCUGUUCAAACGCAAAUUCAGCAUGACUUAAUAAUAGCUGUGUCCCAAAGUUAAGUGCACACACUUCGAAGUCCACAGACUUGGAAGGCCACGCCUCCUAAUUGACCUGUCUGCAAGCCCCUCCCCUCGAACGCAGACUAGCCAAUGGCAGUCGAGUAUCAGCUGCACUGGGAGCGGAACUCGGACAUUUUUAGGACAUCUUAAGCUCGCAUCGCUUUUAUGUGGUUUAUGCUUCAAAAAUGGAAAACUAUGUGCCUGGGGUACUUGUAACACUGAUUCCAGGUAUCCUGAGAGGAUGGGCAAUAUAAUUCAUUUUAUUACAUUUCCUGAAUCCAAACAAAACAGAGCAAAAUAUCCCUAAGUAUUCAACCCCAAUACAAAAACGUUCAUUUUCUGGUUGUCAUACACUCACUAAGUUACAAUUUUCAUCUGCUCAAGCAGAAUGUUAAUGUUAUCUUGUGCUUUAGUAAGGUAUCUCUGGCUAAAACUAGCUAACAUUAAAGUUGGUGAGUCCAUGCUAAUGUACAAACGUAAAUAGCGGACUCUUCUCGUGUCUUGUACAGUGUAAGUCAAAAACACAUAAACGAAGGUCUACAUUUCAGUGCUUCUCCAUGUUAAACUGGUUAAAUGUACAUUCAUUUAAUCGUACCCUGCGAUACAUGAACAGUGUUAAUCAUGUAUGUUGUCAUCCGCGAUCGUGAUGUGAUCUAUAAACCCUCCUUCGAGUUACCCACCAUAUUUAUUUAUUAAUAUUUUAUAAAUCCCUCCAUGGAAUAUUUAAUUCCCAUUCGGUGGCCUUCUGUGUCCAAAAUUGUGCAAAAACAUUGUGGGACAUGAUUUUCACCAUAGACAUAAUAUACGUAGACGCCUCAUGACAUGCUGGAACGUAUUCCAGCGUCGCCGCCAUAUUGCUUGGGUCUCCUCGCUCUACGAUAGCAGCGGAGUCAACGGAGAGCGAGCAAUUUAUGCCCGUAUUUUGUGCAGUUUACUGUUGCAAUAACCCGCGCAGAUACCAGAUCGCGUGGGAUUACCUUUCACAAGUAAGAUUGAACAAUAAUUUUGGUUAUUUUACCAUUUAUAAUAUUAUGUCAUCGUAACUAACGUUACUUACGUGUAACAUUAUUACAGCAGGAACUGGUACUCUCUCUCAUUAUCUCUUGCUGUUUUGUUUUUUUUCUGUUCUUCAACGUUCAGAGGAUGUGUUCUUACUCGGGGACAUCAUUUCAUGCUUGUGUCAUUUGUGGUCAGUGGCGCCUGCAGGUGUACGGCUGGACGCACUGUGUGUACCACGAGCGCUCAGACUGACCUGAGAUUUUCCCCGCAAACAUUUCAGCAGUAGAUUAUAGCCGUAUUUCUAUCGACUAUCUACCCGUAAAAUUUAUAGUGAGAAGUUCUUUAAAAUCAUCUGGAUUAAAGUAAUUUUUACAGCUGUUUUUAAAGCAUUUUGCUGCAUGGAUAAAAAAAUAGGCUAAUAAAUAAUUCACAUAUCAUGCAGACAAAAUUUCGUUGCAGAAAACCCUUUAAAUGUUAAGGAAUUAAGAGCAGAGCAACGUAAAAAUCAGAAAAAUAUAAUCGGGCCUGUUUUAGGCUUUUCCUUAUUUUUAUAUUUUAGACGGUGAUGAAAAAUGACUUGCCAUCUCCUCAUUGGACGAGCCUUUAGAGAGAAAUGCAUCUUUACGGAUUACAUAAUGAAAGAGUUUUUGUUUUCGAUUUGAAUUAUUUCGUUUUAAGGUAGUAAUUUAAAGCUUUCUAUAGAUAUAUUUAUCAUAUGUGACUCAAUUCGUUUCAGUUCAUCAUUGUGAAGCGCUCCUGUUCAAGACGAGACGGCAAGCGCAUCUGUUUUCCUAUUUAUUUUAAUAAAAGCACAAUGUUUUUUUAUAUUGUGAAUGCACACAAAUAAAAGUAGACCCUUUACAGUUCCGAAUGAUGUAUUACUCUUACCUUUAUGAGCAAACAUUAUGGCGUAUUUUAAGUUGUUUCCACUAUUAUUUUAAGUUCUUUUCACGUGUGUGUGUGUGUGUGUGUUUGAGUGUGUGCGUGAGAGACAGAGAGAGAGAGAGAAAUAAAUUCAAAUGAACAAUCAAACUUGUUUCUUUAUUAAAAUAUAAAAUUCAUUCAUUUAUCAAUAUGCCAUAGCCUACCAUAUGUCUUUGUUAAAGAGCAUAAUACAAAGUCUUUUAGCAUGAAAGCACGUAUUUUUUAAUGUGUAACAGCGUCUAAAUCUAAAAAACUAAAUCUCUGCAGUUUGUAACAAACCAAACCGUGUGAAAAUCCGGUAAAGAUUCGGGGAGUUAUGAUUAUUGUAGUUGGGGAUACACAUUCCUCAGUAGAAAUUAAUGCAGGGGGGGCGCAAUGGAGACCCAUCCAAGAUGGCGGCCGCGCUGUACGUCAGCUCCAAUAGGCAGCGUCAGUCUAUGAGGCGUCUACGUAUAUUAUGGCUGCGUCCGAAAUCGCAUACUACUUGUGUAGGUACUACAUUUGAAUUCGAACAUACUACUCGACCGUUAAAAAAGUACGUUCUAUAUAGUAUGAAUGGAAUUCGGACGUACUACAUCCGUCAUGUUGAUGUUGUCACGUGUCAUGCGUCUUCACAACAGCGCGAAAAUUUAAAGAGCCCACUUCACUGCGCGAACAUCGUUAAUGAUUUAAAUUCUUACCUCUUAACGAACCGUCUAUUUAAAGAAAGCAGCGUAACAAGCUGAUGUACUACAUUGAGGUUACGUAACUCCAUCAGUAAUGAUUAGAGAUCUUAUUACACCCAAUUCACACAAUCGUUUCAUCUGUUUGUUUAACCCUCAACAAGUCAGUGGUUUACUUGGAUGAUGUUAAACAAGUACAAGUUAACCACAAUGAACAUCAACAAUGUUUUUCCCUGAGGUACUUUACACUUAAAGACAGCCGCGUCGCGGCUUUCCGCCAUUUUUCGAGUAUGACGCCGCCUCUCCCGUGGCCUCAUGGGAUAGUAAAGUGUCCAUCGUAUGCCUACUACAGAAUUCGGAAGGAAGUAGUAGGUCAUCCGGGUACUUCUCGCCUACUAUUUUUCGAAUACUAUGAAUUCGGACAUACUACUUGCCUCGCAUACUGUUUUUCGCAUACUAUAUAGUAGGGAAGUAUGCGAUUUCGGACGCACCCACUGUCUAUGAUUUUCACACUGUAGCUGUCAUAAGACGCAACUCUGUUUGUUUGUCCGAGGGAGCAACAGUAACUAAGGGGGCGGGGCUUACCGAUAGGUCAAUUCAGAGCCAUACGCACUACCGGCACAUCCGGGAACUUAACUGUCAAUUUCGUUACCGCCCCUUUUUGGGGGAAAACAAACUAGACUUCCCAUAGGCUUCAAUACAAAAUAGCGGCAAAAAGCAACAUCCAUACACAGCCGACAGACGUGAAUAACUUAAGUAAUCACUAGGAUUAAUCAUGUCAAGUAAUUAUAUGUCCACCCUGCCUGCCAUAGAGCGUGAAAGAUACAUCCAUAAACUUAAUUUGGUCAAUUUAAAAACUCAUUAUCCCAGCGUCAAAUUGGUGUAACAACCCCACCCAGUGGCCAGAGGUGUCUUGCCGGACAUUUACUCGUACCUAAUCUAAUCACCAGGUAAACCAGUGAAUGAUUUUACUUCAUUUGAAAGUAAACAUCUUUAAAUGUAUAUAUUAUGUCCUUAUAUUUAGAGUACUGAGUGCACUUUUCUGUCCAGCCAUACAACUAGCCUGGCUUCGCUUUCGAUAGCAUCAUCCGUAAUUCAUAAUAUUUCCAUAACAGCAAGAUAUGGAUGAUGAUGGCAGGUAGCCUGGGCUAAAUUUGGGUUUUUACAAACAUUAUUGGUGCACCCAACCACACAACAACUCUUUGGCAUGUUGUAAGGUUAGUCCACUUCCUCGAUCCGAUGCUGUAUGGCGGUUUGUUUUCCCCCAAAAGUGGGCGUGAACCUGUUCAGAGACAUUCUAUGACGUUGCGCCGGUUGUGAGUAUAGAGAGAGAGAGAGUUGCGACAACUCCGUUGACUCCUCCACUGGACCGGUUUUUUUUUUUUUACAGCGAUGGCGGAUCAUGGAGCCGCUCAAUAGUUCCCGGAACUUUUAAAAGGUAAUACAUUUAUAGAACAAAAUUGCAUAUUAUCAGCACAGUUAAUCAAAUUACCUUGUGCAUUAAAACUGAUCAUUAUUAGAUUAUUCCUCACUUAAUUAGUAGAUUUACGGGAUGUUAUUCAUUCUCUACAUGCAGUUUCAUACAUCGUUGUGUAAUUAAGGCUUUUAAACGUGAUUUUUGCUGGUGGGGAGUUAUUUAAUAGACUUGGAUUUAUUGCAAAGGAUGCUGAUGGACCUAAGUGAGAAUGAAAAGUUUAAAAUAGGUGAGCAGUUUUCAUUUCAUAAUUAUGCUAGACUAAAUUUCCAAAAAUGUAUUAUAUAGGCCACUACUAUUUUAUAGAAGUAAUCACAGUAAACCUGUACAUUAUUACUGUAUUUUAUACUUAAACGUCUUAGCAACUAUAGAAGUACUGUGUUGAAGGAGCAGAUGCCACAGGACUGAAAUGUGAUGGAGCAGCACUUAACCAUUUCUCCUGUGUUUUUCUCCUUCUCUAUCUGGCUCAGAACAAGAACCACCUGAAGACUCCCUGUAAUGAGAUAUCAUCCUCACAAUGAGUUUCUUCACUGGGUUUGGCAAGUCUCUCCCUGUCCUUUGUGAAAAAGUGCCAGUUCCCAAGUAUGAUUGCAUCACAUUUUGUUGGUGUAAUCUAUAGAUUGCUCCUGCGGACUAUAUCCAGCUCAUGAAGACUUCAGAUGACCAGCACCUGUGAAGAGAUGACGCCAGCCCUUGAGAGGACUUCAGAUGAAGCUGACUCUUAAUAAACAUACAAAACUGAUCAAUUUUCCUUGCAUUGUAAUGAUCACAUCAUGUAACCAUUGCUUUAAUUUGUUCAUUGUUUCUGUAUACAUGUUUCAUUGUUUCUGAAUAGCCUACAUGACAUUACUUAACUGCAUGAUUUGUAUAGCCUAAUUUUAGAACAUUUCUGCCAUAUGAACAUUAGUUUGACACCGUUACACCUGUUAACAGAACUCUUAUGUGUAAUAUAGAAACAUUCAUUUUCUGUAAAGCUGCUUUGAAACUGUGUAUAAUAAAAAG